CAGGGGAGAUUAAAAACUUCUGAUUGAGGUGGAGAGGAAAGAGACGGAGCAAGAGAGGAAGGAGAGACGGAGAAAAAAGCUUAUCGCUCACCUUUGUUCUUCCUAAUGCCCCAAGUGAAGGAUCUCCAUAGGUAAGUCUGUGAAUAACAACAACAGGCAAAGGAGCAGCUGCCGACCACUGUGGUCAGAUGAUGGAGUGAGGGACUGAAAGAGGGGAAGAGGACUAGACUUUUUUCAGUUAAAUAACCAAGCUCAUAUUCUGCAUUAAUUGAAUGCCUGGAAGAGAGAAGAGACAUGAGACGAAGCCUUUUCUGUGCCAACUGCUUCAAAAGGUAUUGCAAUUAACCCUCUGGCCGUCGUCAAGUGAUACCUGGCUUCUGUUGUUUUCGGAUUGCCGGGUUCGGUUGUAGCCGCGUAGAUGUGUGCUCGGGCCGCGGCCAUGUUUCAACCCCCGGCGUGUAGACCGGAUCGGACAAGCCUGACUCUGCCUCUGCUGCUGCUGCUUCUCCUCUACAGCUCUCUAGAAAUCACUCAGGCUGCCAAACCCAAAGGGCCGGGACACACACAUUUGAACUCCAUCCGCAUCGACGGGCACAUCUCCUUAGGUGGGCUCUUCCCGGUGCACGCCAGGGGCCACGAUGGCAAGCCAUGUGGGGAGCUGAAGAAAGAGAAGGGUAUACACAGACUGGAGGCCAUGCUCUUUGCCCUUGACCGCAUCAAUAACGACAAUAAUUUGCUGCCCAACAUCACUCUGGGGGCGCGUAUCCUGGACACCUGUUCCAGGGACACUCACGCCUUGGAGCAGUCGCUCACCUUCGUGCAGGCGCUCAUCGAGAAGGACGGGACAGACGUCAAGUGUCUCGGCGGAGGGGCACCAAUCAUCACCAAACCUGAGAGGGUGGUGGGCGUCAUCGGAGCCUCGUCCAGCUCCGUCUCCAUCAUGGUGGCUAACAUACUGCGCCUGUUCAAGAUUCCCCAGGUGAGCUACGCCUCCACAGCUCCAGAGCUCAGUGACAACACCCGCUACGACUUCUUCUCCCGUGUGGUGCCUCCGGACACCUACCAGGCCCAGGCCAUGGUGGACAUUGUGAAGGCCAUGCGCUGGAACUACGUCUCCACUGUGGCCUCGGAGGGGAACUACGGAGAGAGCGGCGUUGAUGCUUUCAUUCAGAAGUCUCGGGAGGACGGGGGUGUGUGCAUCUCCCAGUCUGUGAAGAUUCCCCGGGAGCCCAAGCUGGGAGGGUUUGACAAGAUCAUCCGGCGUCUCCGGGAAAACCCGAACGCGAGAGUCGUCAUACUUUUCGCAAGCGAAGACGAUAUCAGGCGGCUACUCCAAGCGGCUAAAAAGGCCAACCAGACAGGUCACUUUAUCUGGGUGGGUUCAGACAGCUGGGGCUCUAAGAUCUCUCCGGUGGUGGACCAGGAGGAGAUGGCGGAGGGAGCGGUCACCAUCCUGCCCAAGCGGCAGUCCAUCAAAGGGUUUGAUCGUUACUUCAUCAGCCGAACGCUGGAGAACAACAGAAGGAAUAUCUGGUUUGCCGAGUUCUGGGAGAACAACUUCAGCUGCAAGCUCAGCCGUCACGCCUUGAAGAAAGGGUCCGGCCUGAAAAAGUGCACAAAUCAGGAGCGGAUAGGAAAGGACUCCACUUAUGAGCAGGAGGGAAAGGUUCAGUUUGUAAUUGAUGCAGUGUAUGCGAUGGCUCAUGCCCUGCACAACAUGCACCAGGAGCUCUGCCCGGGGACGGUGGGCCUCUGCGCUAAAAUGGAUCCGAUCAAUGGCACUCAUCUGCUCAAGCACAUCCGCCGUCUCAACUUUGCAGGCAUAGCUGGAAACCCAGUGCUCUUCAACGAGAACGGAGACGCUCCCGGACGCUACGAGAUCUACCAAUACCAGAUCAGAAACCAAACAGCCGAAUACAAAAUAAUCGGCCAAUGGACGGAUCAACUCAAUCUCAACGUCCGCUCCAUGCAGUGGCCCGGCGGUGUCCGUCAGAUCCCGUCCUCCAUCUGCAGCCUGCCCUGUCAGCUGGGCGAGCGCAAAAAGGUGGUGAAGGGCAUCCCGUGCUGCUGGCACUGUGAGCGCUGCGACGGCUAUCAGUACCAGGCGGACACCUUCACCUGUAAGAUGUGCCGCUUUGAUUUGCGGCCCAACGUCAAUCACACGGACUGCGUUCCAAUCCCCAUCGUCAAGCUAGAGUGGAGCUCCCCAUGGGCCGUCAUCCCCGUGCUCAUCGCGGUCCUUGGCAUCAUGGCCACCGUGUUUGUGGUGGUCACCUUUGUCCGCUACAAUGACACUCCCAUUGUGAAAGCAUCAGGCCGGGAGCUCAGCUACGUGCUGCUAACGGGGAUCUUCCUCUGUUACGCCACCACGUUCCUGAUGAUUUCCACCCCUGAUGUUGGAAUCUGCUCCCUCCGAAGGAUCUUCUUGGGGUUGGGCAUGAGCAUUAGCUAUGCUGCCCUGCUCACCAAAACCAAUCGUAUUUACCGCAUCUUCGAGCAGGGGAGCAUGUCUGUCAGUGCGCCCAAGUUAAUAUCUCCCGCCUCCCAGCUGAUCAUCACUUUCAGCCUGGCCUCGAUGCAGCUGCUCGGUGUGUGCAUAUGGUUCGGCGUGGAUCCCUCCAAGGCCAUUAUUGACUAUGAGUACCAGCGGGCGCCUGACCCGACGUUGGCUCGCGGUGUGCUCAAGUGUGACAUCUCUGACCUGUCUCUCAUCUGCCUGCUGGGCUACAGCAUGCUGCUCAUGGUCACCUGCACAGUCUACGCCAUUAAAACCAGAGGAGUGCCGGAGACGUUCAACGAGGCCAAACCCAUUGGCUUCACCAUGUACACCACCUGCAUCAUAUGGCUAGCUUUCAUCCCAAUCUUCUUUGGCACUUCACAGUCCACAGAAAAGAUGUACAUCCAAACCACCACGCUGACCAUCUCCGUGAGUCUGAGCGCCUCCGUGUCUCUCGGGCUGCUCUACAUGCCCAAGGUCUACGUGGUUCUCUUCCACCCCGAGCAGAAUGUGCCCAAGCGCACACGCAGCCUGAAGGCGGUGGUUACUGCCGCCACCAUGUCCAACAAGUUCAACCCCAAGGCUGGACUCAGACCCAACGGAGAGGCCAAGACCGAGCUGUGCGAAAGCCUGGAAACACAAAAUUACCCAACAAAGCAAACAUACAUCAGCUACAGCAAUCAUGCAAUCUAAGGGACAAAGGUUCUCAUCAUAAUUCAGGAUUUACAAUAAAAACACGCAGUGGAGUUUCACACAGCCGGCAUAAAAAAUUGAUGUGUCAUUGUACGGGUGGAGAUCACCACCAGCCCAAAGACGUGAAGUGAGGAGAGACCACAGGGACCGACAGACAGGGGAACAGAUAACCGUACAAAUGCAAGGUCCCAUCUUCUGUCUGCCUCAAGAGAAUACACACACACAAAAAAAAA